GCUAGCUCCUGUCAAACCAAGUACUAUUCCAAGACUAGAACUGGCAGCAGCUGUAGUAGCAGUACAGCUUGAUCAGAAGAUCUGUAAAAGCUUCGAGCUACCCCUCCCGGAUUCUGUCUUUUGGACAGACAGCACUAUUGUUCUGCAUUACAUCAGAAACGAAGAGAAAAGGUACCAAACCUUUGUUACCAAUAGAGUUUCACAGAUCCGAGAAGUCUCACAAGCCUCACAAUGGAAACAUGUCUACACAGAACUAAACCCUGCGGAUGAUGUUUCAAGAGGACUGUCUGCUGAAGAACUCACUAACAGUGAGCGAUGGCUCAAAGGCCCUGCCUUCCUGUGGCAGGAAGAAGAAUUAUGGCCUUGCCAGCCUGAACUAGGAAGCUUACCUCCUGAAGCGGAGGUAAAGAAGUCAAGUCAGACAUAUGCAAUGUCUUCUAAGCUCACCAUUCAAUCAGCAAUUGACUGUUUCAUUCAGAGGUAUUCCUCCUGGCACAAACUCAAACGAGCUAUUUUAUUGAUCCUACGAGCUAAGAAUAUCCUUCUAAAGAAGUUUGAACUCAGACUAUAUGCUCCAAUAACACCAAACGAAAUGAAACUGGCAGAGAUUGCUAUCAUUGACUACGUUCAACGCACCCACUUUACUUGUCCAAUGAAAGUAGAAGGCAUCAGGAAGUUAACUCCAGUAAGACUCAGUGAUGGAUUACUCCGCGUUGGAGGAAGGCUCACCAAUGCUCCAAUAGCCGAAGCUGCAAAACACCCAGCGAUUUUGCCUCGAAACCACCAUAUUAGCAAACUUAUCAUAUGGCAUUUUCACAAACUCACAGGUCAUUCUGGAGUUGAAAGGGUACUUGCUGAGAUUAGACAAUUCUUUUGGAUUGUCAGAGGCCACAUAGCAGUGAAGCAAGUCCUAGCACAGUGUAUACCUUGCAAAAGACAAAAGGCUCCACUCAGUACUCAGUACAUGGCUGACUUGCCCAUUGAUCGUGUGACUCCAUGUAAGCCGCCUUUCACUCACGUCGGAAUUGAUUAUUUUGGGCCCAUUACCAUCAAAAGAGGAUGGAGUGAGGUGAAGAGAUAUGGCUGUCUAUUCACUUGCCUAACUACCAGGGCCAUCCACUUGGAGGUGGCGCACAGCUUGGACACAGAAUCAUUCAUAAAUGCUCUUCAACAAUUUAUGGCUCGUCGUGGGACGCCUCAAUUGAUACGCUCGGACAACGGGACGAACUUUGUUGGUGCCUGUCACGAAUUACGGAAGGCUCUGGAAGGAUGGAACCAGCAGAGUCAGUGGCCUCUUGGUUUGGUCACUGAUGUCAACAUUGGAGCUGAUGGUCUGGUGCGAUCAGUGCAAGUAAAGACUCAUAGAGGCGCAUACACCCGUCCUAUACACAAGCUGUGUUUGCUAGAAGGAAAUAUGGAUGAGUAGAUUUACUUAUUUUUCAGCUUGUGUGGGUUUUCUAUACGCUACAGAUGACUUUCACUCAAUCUUAUCACGAUUACUGUAAACUGGUAGUCACCACUUUAAGUUCAAUUAUCAAAAAGGUAACAGAGAUUUCAUUUGAAAAGGUUUUUUUUCUUUGACAAGGUUAGAAUUAAAUAGUUAUCUAAGGUUGUUACGUUCACCAAUUUUUUCUGAGAUGAACAUCUGUAGAGUUCAUCGGGGCCGGGAUGUUGGAUUCACUCCUCCCGUUCCACUAGGGGGCUCUAUAGUUGCUUUAUACUGGUAUGUGUAGAAGA